AUGAAGCCCCACACCUUUCAUCGCUCAAGUACUGCUCCAUCGCCGACCAUUAACUUAGCUCAAGUUGGGGCAGAUAGAGAAAGAUCAUUUACAGAACCACAUCAGCCGUUAGUUCCUGAACCAUACCAGUCAAUUCCUGCUCAAGACUUGCUUAAAGACAACUGUGGCUUCAGUGGCUGGAUUAGAAAAGAGGGCAACAGCUUUAAGACAUGUAAGGUUAAUUCAAACUUACAUUAUCAGAAUCUCCCUUAUUGUUAAUAAUUGAAACAUGCUUAAAUAAAUCUGCUAAUAUCAUAGGUGACGAAUUACUCCUUAAUUUUGGUGCGAAAUUUCAGCUUUUAUAUUACUACAUGAGAAAUUUCUGCAAUUUGAUUGGCUUAGAGCAGUGGUAUUUCAGCUUAAUUUGAAAUACCUACAUGUGAAAAUUACAACCUUUUGCGGGUAGUAGUAUAAACAAAUAAUGGUAUGAUUUGUAUGUGAUAUUUGGCAUAAAUACCGCUCGUGAUAUUUCAAAAUUGUCUCAAAUAAUUUGACGGCUCGUGAAAUUACGUAUAACAAUUUUGAAAUACCACUCGUAGUAUUUAUGCCAAAUAUCACUACUAAUCAUGCUAUUACCUACACUAAUUUGUAAUUCCACAUGUGAAAUUACAAAUGGUGAGGAAGUGCUUGACGCCAACUUGAUAGGUGCGCCGAGUGGAAGGGGCAAGGGAAGCAUGAAGGUAUCGCUGUACAGAACCUCUCAGAUGUUCAUCGCUGAUGGAGGGAUGGUGGAGGCUGUGGGAGAGGCUGAGGGAGCCAGGGUACGGAAGCGGUCCAUCUGAAAACGGGAAAGGGAGUCAGCGAUAGAAUUGUCUAAGCCCGGGAUGUGAGUAGCCGUGAAUGUGAAGUUAUAUUGGAGAGGGAGCUUCACAUUCACGGCUACUCACAUCCUGGGCUUAGACAAUUCUAUCGCUCAAUUCUAUCAAUACGAUCCAGGAUAAACAUGUCAAAAAUCUAAGAAUGCUAACAUAAUUCGUCACCCAUGAUAUUAAUAAGUAAUCAAAUGGUAUACUCGUGAAACUAGGAAAAAUUUUACUUGUGUUUUGUCCAAAUCAGGGAAAUUAUUAGGAUUUGGACAAAAUGCACGUGAAAUUAUUCCUUAAUUUCACUCGUCACCAUUUGAUUACACAUACUAAUUUAAUGAAUUAGAUAUUUCUCUAAAGUAUGCAAAUUUUUAUAUGCUUGUGUUUGGAUGUCUUUGUUGACCACAGGUGACAUAUCGUACACCAAUUUUUUUUUAAAUAACUUAAUUUUUUAUUUAUUUACUUGACUAUUUAAACUAGCAGUGUUUUCAUAGGGCUAUGGGUCUCCUCAAGACCUCUUAUACUCAGUCCAUUAUUUAAAUUGAUUAUAGGGUGAAGUAACUUAUAUAGUGAACACAAAAUUAUUCCUUGUUAACUCUCUCUAUUAGUUUACUUUUUACUUUUUUUGCAUUUGUUUCUCAUAAUAAUAUACCUUUGUAGGGCAUGACAGAUAUACCAUUUUACACAAAGGUUGCCUGUACUAUUACAAAGAUGCUAAUGCAUCAUCAACUGCUGGAAAGUUUUCACUUGGUGGAUACAGGUAAAGUUUACAAUGAGAAAACAUGUAAUGUGACAUUGCAGCUAGAUACAGUGCACGCUUUCACUGACUCUACUGACCUUCAAGAUUUUCAAUCAGUAAUAUGGGUGAAAUCUAUUGUUCCUUCUUUUAUGUACAUUGUAGGCUGUCACCUGCUCCUGAGAGAAGCGCAAAAUAUGGGUGGACAUUUAAAUUAGCCCACAUACAACCAGAAAAGAGAACAUAUUACUUUUCAGCAUAUUCUGAAAGGGAAAUGAAUGUAAGUGAUAUCUUAGUAACCUGAACACGAGCAUUGAUUUGGUACAUUUUUUUGGGUAUGUGAACACUUUUGGCACUCAAGCUUAAAUGUUCUCUUGUUGAUGCUGACAGAGGACGUACAAUUUAACCAACUCAGGUAUAAUAAUCAACUGAUGUGUCAUAACUUUUUCCAAUCCAAUAUUUCCUACCAGUUCUUGAAACCACUGUAUCUUUGCAGGACUCAUUUCCAAUAAUUAUUAUUGUUUGCGGAGCUUUGUGUGAGUCGAUACAGGGCAUUGUCAUAUAAACGUCCCUGAAAUACUCUGUACAAAGCCAUUAUGUUUUUCUACCAGGAAUGGAUGGAGCAUAUAACUAAGGAGAUGGAAGACUACUGCGGUAAUGGCAAAAAAGACACGUAAGUCAUGAUUCAUUGUGAAUCAAACACAUUCUGUCUAUUUAUUUGAUUUUGUGGAAAAAAGUUAAAAGCUUUAAUAUUAACUAAGGUAGUUGACCUCCAUUGUUAUUGCUGGGUAUGGCUUAUCUGUAAUGGGUGCUCGCUUAUCAUUUAUUCAAGUUAAUUGUCAGUAACUGUCAACCAACAUGUUUGACUGUUUAAUCAUGGUUCAAAGUGUCUAUUAAAUUGACACAAUCCUGUGUUGCCUAUCAAAUGAAAGAUUAUUCCAGUUCUUAUUUAGUAUAUGACUUAAUUAUUAUUUCUUUUAAUAUUUUUUUUAUAAGAGAAUUUUUUUAUUUAGUAUAUGACUUAAUUAUUAUUAUUAUUAUUUUAUUUAGUAUAUGACUUAAUUAUUAUUUCUUUUAAUAUUUUUUUAUAAGAGAAUUUUUAUUAUUAGCCAUUGAUGCAUUUACCAAUAACACCCAGGCAAAAUAUUUUUCCACUAUUUUGACUUAGUAUCUUUAAACUAACACAGAGCUGAAAAAACAGAGGUUGAGGAUGCACCUGAAUACUGCUAUCCAGAAGUAGAACCAAAAUUUGACCCAGAAGAAAUUGCUGCUUUAUUUGGAAGACCAUCACCUAGCCUUCCAAGACGAUGUGCAGAUUCGGGGCCAAUGUACUGCCCUCCCCCUGAAAUAGAUCAACGAGACAUUAAGAAAAGGCCACCGCACUUAUUACCCAGAACACAAACUGUGUUACCAUAUCACGUAUCUGAUACAGUACCAGUGGACAAUCCUUUGUCAUUAAAACCAGUUAGAUCACGGCCACCAGGAGCAAGCCCUGUUUUACCAACAAAGGCUGCCCCUGCAGUACCAUCAAGGGGUACAAAGCCAGCGAGUGGAAAUCCUGCAGUGAGAUCAGCCAAACCUUUGCCUAAACCUAAACCUAAACCUAAACCAUUGCCACGCCCACCAUCUCUUGAAAAGCGUGUUCCACAACCCAUUCCAAACUACACAGAUGCUUUUGAAGGUAUGAUUCAAAUACCUAGUUUGUGGUUCUUUCAUUUUGUAAAUGUCAUUUUUUUUGUGUACUAUCUUCAUGAUAGAACUUCUGUUAGUUACCAUUAAUACAGUUAUAAAAAAUAAUAAAAACGUUUUGUUUUCUUUAACUGGUAGGCGAAGAUGACGAGGAAAUCAAUGAAGGUUACCUAGAUAUUGUUCCAGACACCACCCCAGAAGAUUUAUUUGAUGAAGAGAAAAAGUCGAGCCUUUCAAGGUCUGUCCAGUAA